AUGACUCUUCCAUUUCUAGUUCUAAAGAUGGUUGGUUAUGGAGUUGUUAAGUAUGUGGCUGGGUUGUGUCCUCUCGAUGAUAAGAUUGGUGAAGAUGUAGAACAUAAAGACGAGAUUGAUUUUGACUUGUGGCUUGGUGAAGGACGCCGAUCGAAGAAAGAUCCGCAUGAUAAGGAGAAGGUUUACUUGAAGGGUAAGGAUAAGAUUGUUCCCCCUUUUCGUUUUGGCGUGGAAGAUGUUGCAACCAAGAUGUGGUUCCACAAGCUUGCAUAUCCUGGCCAAUGUUUGACUAAUUACGUAAGUUAAUUUAUUUUUUCUUUUGAUUUUUUUCAAAAAUUUCAGUCUAUAGUUUUAUUCAUGUUGUUUGUUGGUUGUUUUUAAGUUGUUGAAAUAUAAUUCAUUUUCUGAUUUUCCAACAUUUAUCAUUUUUUAUUGUUCAGCAUCUGGACAUCAUUUUUUACUAUCUACGUAAAAAAGGAAAGUAUGCAAAGGAGCCAAAGGUUAAGUUCACAACCACCGAUUGCUUAUUCUUCAAAACCAUUCAUGCUUUGUAUGAAAAAUUUAUUGCACAGAAAAAAA